CGUACAUACGCGAGUGCAAAAUCCCCAACGGAACACGGAGAGAGAGAGAGAGCGAGCGACAGAUGGCGAUCGGCGGCGUUGGCGCUGGGGGCGGGGCAGGGAGCGGCGAGGGGCAGGGGAGGAGCGUGCUGGUGACGGGCGGCGCGGGGUUCAUCGGCACGCACACGGUGCUGCAGCUGCUGGAGAAGGGCUACGCCGUCACCGCCGUCGACAACUUCCACAACUCCGUCCCCGAGGCGCUCGACCGCGUCCGCCACAUCGUCGGCCCCGCCCUCUCCGCCCGCCUCCAAUUCAUCUUCGGCGACCUGACGAUCAAGGAUGACCUGGAGAAGGUGUUCGCCGCCAAGCGGUACGACGCCGUGAUACACUUCGCCGGGCUGAAGGCGGUGGCGGAGAGCGUGGCGCAUCCGGAGAUGUACAACCGCAACAACAUCGUCGGCACCGUCAACCUCUACGACGUCAUGAAGAAGCACGGGUGCAACAAGUUGGUGUUCUCGUCGUCGGCGACCGUGUACGGCCAGCCGGAGAAGGUGCCCUGCUUCGAGGACUCCCCCCUCAAGGCCCUCAACCCGUACGGCAGGACCAAGCUGUACCUGGAGGAGAUGCUGCGCGACUACCAGCACGCGAACCCGGAGUGGAGGACGAUCCUGCUGCGCUACUUCAACCCCAUCGGCGCCCACGAGAGCGGCGACAUCGGGGAGGACCCCAAGGGCGUCCCCAACAACCUGCUCCCCUACAUCCAGCAGGUGGCCGUCGGCCGCCGCCCCGAGCUCAACGUCUACGGCUACGACUACCGCACCCGCGACGGCACCGCCGUCAGGGACUACAUCCACGUCGUCGACCUCGCCGACGGCCACAUCGCCGCGCUCGAGAAGCUCUUCGCCACCCCUGACAUCGGCUGUGUGGCGUACAACCUGGGGACGGGGCGCGGGACGACGGUGCUGGAGAUGGUGAGCGCCUUCGAGAAGGCAUACGGCAAGAAAAUCCCGGUGAAGAUGUGCCCGAGGAGGCCGGGCGAUUCGGAGCAGGUGUACGCGUCCACCGCCAAGGCCGAAGAGGAGCUCGGCUGGAGGGCCAAGUACGGGAUCGAGGAGAUGUGCAGGGACCAGUGGAACUGGGCCAAGAAGAACCCGUACGGCUACUGCGGCGACGCUGAAAACAAAGACUGAUCCGAUGGGGCCCGUCGGGAGCCUUGUAACGUGAAAGAAAGAUGUGUCAAUAAGCCCAGGGCAUUAAAGGGUGCCCAGAAAAUGUUUUCUGUUGUAGUACUACUACUAGUACUACUAUUCAAGAUGGAACUUGAGUUGGGUGGGUUAGACUGGACUCUCACUGGGCCGGGCUGGUGCUUGCCACAGAAUUUUGGUCUGGUUUCAAACAUGGGCCGUCAUCUGCUUCCUUUUUCUUCCUUCCAAUUAUAGAGCGAGACUGAUGAAGCGAAUCAUUACAAACUUUUUACUGCUUGGAUCUAUAGUACUCGCA